AUGGAGGACGACAAAGGGGGUUAUCGACAGAUCAAUAAAUCGUUAAACAUCUGUGCAUUUGACGAAUAUCUCAAAGGCCAAACAGCAAAUCUCCCGCACCUAGCAGAUGUUGAACAACUGACACCGAGAGUACUCCGCAUCCUGGGUCAAAAUCCAGGGAAGUUUACAUUCCAAGGAACAAACACAUACAUUAUCGGCACCGGCCAUGAGCGGGUCAUGGUCGAUACUGGCGGUGGUGAGCCAGCAUGGGCCGCGCUGGUUGCCUCGAAUCUCGAGUCUAUGAAUAUUAAACUGUCACACGUACUUUUGACACACUGGCACGGUGAUCAUACCGGUGGUGUUCCUGACCUUAUACAGUUGUACCCACACCUUGAGGAUUCUAUUUACAAAAACGAGCCCGACAAAGGCCAGCAGAACAUUACUGAUGGGCAGAUAUUCCAAGUUGACGGAGCAAAAGUGCGAGCCUUGCAUGUUCCAGGUCACUCAGAGGACCACAUGUGUUUUAUCCUCGAAGAGGAAAAAGCAAUGUUCACCGGUGAUAAUAUCCUCGGUCACGGCACUAGCGCAGUAGAAGAUCUAGGCACAUUCAUGGGCAGUCUACAGAAAAUGCUCGCCCAAAAGUGCACCAUCGGCUAUUCUGCACACGGAGUUACAAUAGCCAACCUACCAGCCAAGAUCGAGGGCGAGUUGGGUGCCAAAAUUCGUCGUGAACGACAGGUUUUACAAGCCCUUGACCGGGUUCGCAAAAGGGGAGAGAAGAGUGCGACUGUGAAGGAUGUUGUCACUGAGAUUUACGGCGAAUCAGUCGACGAGAGCACGCGGACCCUCGCCCUGGAGCCCUUUAUCGACGAAGUUCUGCGCAAGCUGGCGGGCGACAGCAAGGUCGCGUUUGAGAUGAGAGGUGGCAAGAAGAAGUGGUAUUCAGUAGAGGCAAUACAGCAGACUGUGAUGCGGCGGUUUCAGGACGUCAAGACUCCGUCGCUCGUGACUGUUCAUAUCCAGGAGAUUCCGACAUGA